UCUAGAUUAGUCCAUACUUGGGGUUUUUCCUGUUGGUUCUUAUUGGCUUGACCUUAUCGUAUCGAUUUCGGGCUUUUUGCUCCCCAGGGAUUUGUGCCUUUUCGCGAUCACAAGUUGCGGGCUGGUGAUAGUAGCGCUACAUACAUACUAGCAUCCUGCUCUGGCAAACCAUGAGCUUGUCACUUGCAACUAUAGCUUAAGUCCUGACAAUGGUCAAUGGGUCACCAUCUUCGACGUUGAUCGAUAUUCCUACGGCGCUCAAUACGCAGGGGAAUGUAAAUGUAGUUGGGGUAGUUGUCGACGUUUUCAACAGUGUGUUCAAGUCGGCGGGUUCACCAUGCAUAACCUUCACCCUCAAGUCAGAUAACUUUAACAACGGCCAUGUGUGGGACGGACUGAAAGUCAAGUACUUCAAAACCAACGAGUCCCAACUACCACCUGUGCAAGAAGGCGAUGUAAUCCUUCUACGGCACCUCUGGAUUAGGGCGUUUAACGGCAAACCACUAGGAGUGGCGGCCGAUAAUGCAAACAUCCCAUGGGCUAUUUUCCGCUCGGACCCAGAUCCAUUGUCUAUUAAUGCUCCCAUUUGUGGUCCAACACCCUUUGAACCAUCGUAUGCGGAGAAGAGACGAUGCCAAACGUUACUAGAAAGUAUUUCUGGGAUUACGAGGUUUCGCAAUGUCUCGACUUCGCAACUUGCGACCUCCCAAUCCAUCUCGGCUCAGGCUUCAAGCUCGAAACAGGGUGCCCGAACGCAAAGAAAGCUGACCCUGAUAAAGGACAUUCGAGAGGGGACAAUUGUUGACCUUAUCGGCGAAGUGGUCAAGAUAUACCCCCGGAACAGCGACAAAGUGCUUCUCUACAUAAGCGACUAUACAACAAAUAAGAACCUACAGGACCAUACACCACUUGAUGAUGACCCUGAUACAUUCUACUAUCGCAGUAGGAAGAAGUGGACAGGCCCACCCGGCCAGAUGUCUCUGCCAGUAACACUAUGGGAACCACAUGCGAGCUUUGCCCGAGAAAAUAUCAAGGACAACGAUAUCAUCAUUUUAAAAUAUGUUCACAUCAAGGCGAACCGACAUAAUCUCACGCUCGAGGCUAGCAUGCACUCAGCUCGUUAUCAUAAUCUGCGUUCCAUUGAUCCUGACAGGGAUGUCAAUGCCAAAGAGCUUCGACGUCGGAGGCAAGAUUACUACAAGGAAAUCAAUACUGGGAAGUGGAAAGCUGAGGAGGAAGUUAAACUAGCGAAGGGACCGAAAACUCGCAAUAAAAAAAGGUUGGAAGGUGUAAAGGAAGUAAGCGAAACAGUGCGACAAAUGAGACAGCGAAACAGACCUAAUGAGCACGUUAAAGCAAGCUAUGAAAGCGUCCGUGGAUGCAGCAUUGGGGACAUUAUUGCAAGCGAAUACCAUGAUUUUGAGUCCCAUGAUGGUAUUGAAUAUCGUCUUCCGUUCCAAAACCUCUGCUAUAGAGCUACUGUUCGGGUUGUCGACUUCUUCCCUCCAAAUCUUGAGGACUUUGCGGUUCCUCAAGAAUCCAAGAACAGUCGCCUGGGUAGCGACAUGCAUUACAAUGAGGAGGACGGUGGCAUCACUCAGUGGGAGUGGCGCUUUUGUCUCCUAGUUGAGGAUGCAUCGCCUCCUCCUGGACACCCCAAGGCGCACAUCAGGCUUUUCGUGUCUGGCGCCAACGCAGAAUUUUUGCUGCAAAUGAGUGCCGCAGACUUGCGUAAAGACCUAAGAAAGCUAGCGAUCCUCAGCGAGCGGCUUUUCAUUCUUUGGGGUGAUCUCGAGGAACGGAAGAAAAAUAUUGCAAAACAAAACAGCGAAAGCCCUCCAAAGCUAGAGCACGCCUCCUCAAGGCCCUUCAAUUGUUGCAUACAAGAGUAUGGAGUCAAAUGUUCUCACGUCUCGGACACGGACGCAAGGUCUGACGACACGUCUGGUUGUAGCCAGGAGGACUGUUUUGGUUGGGAACGGCGUUUUGCCAUGUUUCAGACGACUAUCGAUUCAUGAAUUAGCACUGUGUACUCCUAUACCCCUCUGCGUUAAUUUCGAGGUGACAUUCAUCUUGGCUUAGC